AUGUCGUUCAAAAAGGAUGAAGAGGCCGGGGCCACCGGCGGCUUCUACCAGGACAAGACCUCGGUCAUCCAGGAAGCCCGUGUAUUCAACGAAACCCCCAUCAGCCCUCGCAAAUGCCGCAUCCUGCUCACAAAGGUCAUCUACCUCCUCUACAUGGGCGAAUCCUUCUCCCGACAGGAGGCCACCACCCUCUUCUUUGGCGCCACGAAGCUCUUCCAGCACAAGGAUCCCGCCUUGCGACAGAUGGUCUACCUCGCCAUCAAGGAGCUCUGCCCCUUUUCCGACGACGUCAUCAUGGUCACCGCCUCCAUCAUGAAGGACAUGCAACCCAACGUCGAGGUCAUCUAUCGUCCCAACGCCAUUCGUGGCCUCAGCCGUGUCGUCGACCCUUCCAUGGUACAGGGUCUCGAGCGCUUCUUCAAGUCUGCCAUUGUCGACAAAAACACUUCCAUCAGCUCAGCCGCCCUCGUGUCCGCCUACCAGCUUCAGAUUGCCGCCCGCGAUGUCGUCCGCCGUUGGGGAAACGAGGCGCAGGAGGCCAUUAACUCCAAGAGCUCUUCCGGCGCCGGCUUCUCCAGCGGCUUUGCCGGUGCUGGCAGCUACCUCGGUUUCGGCUCGUCCCAGUCGCAGGCUCAAGCCACUUACCAGGCCGUCGCCAGCAGCAGCUACAUCACUCAAUACCACGCCCUCGGUCUGCUCUACCUCAUCCGACAGGGCGACCGCAUGGCCAUCACCAAGCUCGUCCAGCAGCUCGGCGGUGGACGUGGCGGUGCUUCCAGCGGUCAGGGAAGCGUCCUUCGCAGCCCCUACGCCAUCUGCAUGCUCGUCCGAUACGCUGCCAAGGUAGCCGAGGAGGACCCUAACCUCCGUGCCCCCAUGAUGGAGCUUCUCGAGGGUUGGUUGCGCCACAAAAGCGACAUGGUCAACUACGAGGCCGCACGUGUCAUUUGCGAGAUGAAGAACGUAUCGACCCAGGACCUGUACAGACCCAUCGCUGUCCUUCAGCUCUUCCUCUCCUCGCCCAAGUCGACGCUCAAGUUUGCCGCCAUCCGAACACUCGCCAAGCUGGCUCAAACGCAGCCCGCCGCAGUCCAGACUUGCAAUGUCGACAUGGAGAACCUCAUCACCGACACCAACAGGAGCAUCGCCACCUACGCCAUCACCACCUUGCUCAAGACCGGUAACGAGGCCUCCGUCGACCGUCUCAUGAAGCAGAUCAGUGGCUUCAUGUCCGAGAUCAGCGACGAGUUCAAGGUCAUCGUCGUCGACGCCAUCCGCAGCCUCUGCCUCAAGUUCCCCUCCAAGCAGACGGUCAUGCUCAGCUUCCUCGCCGGCGUGUUGCGCGACGAGGGCGGAUUCGAGUACAAGCGCGCCGUCGUCGAAGCCAUCUUUGACAUGAUCAAGUUCAUUGGCGAAUGCAAGGAGACCGCGCUCGCCCAUCUCUGCGAGUUCAUCGAAGAUUGCGAAUUCACCAAGCUCAGCGUGCGCAUCCUUCAUCUGCUCGGCGUGGAAGGACCCAAGAUGCCGCAGCCUCACAAGUACAUCCGCUACAUCUACAACCGUGUCAUUUUGGAGAACGCCAUCGUUCGUGCUGCCGCUGUCAGCUCGCUCGCCAAGUUCGGUAUCGCCGACAAGUCGCUCAAUGCCAGGAUCAAGGUGUUGCUCGAGCGAUGUCUCGACGAUGUCGAUGAUGAGGUGCGCGAUCGUGCUGCGAUGUACCUUCGCGUGUUGCGCGAAUCGAGGCUCGCGGCUAAGGUCGUCAAUGACGAAUCGAGCUACAAGCUCACUGCGCUCGAGUCGGCGCUGCAGUCGUACGUGUCAGAUCCAUCUUCGUCGACGAGCGUCUUCGACAUCACCAAGAUCCCGCGUGUCACGCGCGAGGAGUCGCGACAGGAAGCGCUGCGCGCCAAGAGCGAGGCCACCGCCAGCGUCGCCAUGGCUGCAGACAGCUCGCAGAGCGUGCACGCCGCUUCGAACAACGGAGCUUCGACGUCCAAGGCUUCGUCGGUGGACUCGGAGACGCUGUACGCCAAGCAGCUUGCCGAGGUUCCGCAGUUUGCCGACUACGGACCGGUGCUCAAGAGCUCGACCAAGCCGGUCGAGUUGACCGAGUCCGAGACCGAGUAUGUGGUGAGCGCGGUGAAGCAUGUCUUUGCCGAUCAUGUGGUGAUCCAGUACAACGUGACGAAUACGUUGCCGGAUACGGUGUUGGAGAACGUCGCUGUUGUGGUGGGAGGGGCUGCGGAGGCGGGGUUGCGGGAAGACUUUAUCGUCACUGUUCCUGCGUUGUCGGCGCAGAGUCCGAGCGGUGUGGUGUAUGUCUCCUUCACACGCGAGGGUGGAGCUACGGACUACGUUCAGGCAACGCUCUCCAACACGUUGCGCUUCGUUUCCAAGGAGGUGGACCCCUCCUCUGGCGAACCAGAGGAGGAAGGAUACGACGACGAAUACCAGACGGAAGAACUCGAACUGGGUGUGGCGGACUACAUCAAACCCGUCUACGCCAACUUUGGAGAAGAGUGGGAUCAGUUGGCUUCGGCUUCCACUGCCACCGAGACGUUCGCUCUGACCGCACUGGACGGUCUCAAGACGGCGUGCGAUACGCUGAUCGAGCUGUUGGGUAUGAUGCCGUUGGGUGGGACAGAGAGUCCGGCUUCGACGUCGGUUCACACGUUGAAUCUGUCGGGUGCCGUGGCUAGUCCCGGUAAGGCGGUCAAGGCGUUGACGAGGUGCAGGAUGACAUUUGCGGCGGGGCAGGGUGUGACGAUGGAGUUGUCGGUCAGAGCAGAGUCCGAGGCCGCUUGUCAGUUGGUAAUGAGCGCGAUCGCGUGA